AUGACCGUCUGGUCGGCGGAGGCGAUCGCGCGUCGAGAGACCAAGCGCGGUCGCACAGCGCUGGACAGGUCCGAAGACCGCAAAAGGCAAAAGGGAACGUUGUGCGAGGCAGACGCUGACCCUCGACUCUCACCGCUGCUCGCCUUCAUCACCGAGGUCGUCGGCCCGCUCGGCGCGCCGUUCUGGCCAGCUAGCUCGGCCGCCGCCGCGCCUGCUGACACCUCUGCCGCUCCCGACGAUCUCGAGGAAGGAGAGAUUGCUCUACCGCUUGGGAGCGAUGAGUCUGCCCAACCUGAAGCGGAGGCGCGGCGGGCCGCUGCGGGCGCCACCGGCACCGACGGCCUUCUGUCCAACGUCACGGUCAGCUCCACCUCAGGGAAGACAGUCUACUGGCAGUGCACGGUCUGCUCCGCCAGGUUCAGGGGUCGGCAGAGCCUCGCGGAUCACACGUUGGCCAAAAAGGACCCUCCGCAUCGGAGAGUGGCGGAGGCCGAUGAGUUUAUUCGGUCGUGCGCCGAGACCAAGGCCGCGCGGAAGGCACGUGACGCGGCGGCGGAUCUCGUUCGCGUCGAUGACCUCCUCGUGCAGCGCGGCCACUGCAAAACAAGGGGCGAAGCCGCGAGGCUCGUCCAGGCCGGGCGCGUGCUCACAAGAAAGGCAGCCGGGCAGCCCCAGGUCUUGGUCAAGGCCGUGGGCUUGAAGCUAGCGCACGACGCGCCCUUCUCCCUCUCCGACCCCGCGGCCAGCUGGGAAAGCGAGGUGGCCUUGGUCCACCAGUGGGUCGCUGACGGGCGGCCUCUCAAGGCGCUCAUCGGGCACCGCGCGCAGGCUGCUGCCGGCGACGCGAGCGCUCCGCCCGCUCUUGCUGACCCGCCCGUCGCUGAGGCGGCGGCCGGCGCGGAGGCGGACUCCCAGGCCGUGGCGCUGGUGGCCGAAUCUGCCCCUCUCGCCGCGGCUCGCAAUUCCCACCUCCCCGCCCUCCUCGCCUUCAUCGCAUCCCGCCCAGGCCAACGCCUCCGCGGCUCGUCCGGCAUCGCUGAGUUCUACAAGGCGCACCCAGAAGCCAAGGGCCAGCUCCCCAAGCUCGCCCAGCUCGCCGAACAAUGCCCGCAGAUAAAGAUCGAGGUCCUCAAAGCCGGCGAUCCCUGGCUCACGCUGGCAUCGCCUGCACCAUCCGCACCGCCCGCCAGCGCCCCUCAGCGCGGCGCAGCCGGAUCCGACCUGGAACUCUUCGCCGCCGAUUUGGAGGCCAAGGCCGGAGACAGAAGGCGCCCCGCGCGGGAGUGUCCCCGCCUGCUCGAGGGUCGCAGCGGCCUGGUGCGCCGAGCGGCUUGGUGCGAGGAGCGGAUUGGCGUUGCUCCCUCGGUGAUGACGGCCAAGACGGACCUCGCCUGCCGUGUCGACCUGCUGGAGCGCAGCCUCGGCGCGGCGAGCGAGGGCAGCCUCGCGCAGCGGCUCGGCGCCAUCGAGCGCCUCAUCCAGCCCGAGGAGGCCGGCCGCGCAGGCAUCGAGCAGCACCGCGCGACGCGCACGGAGCUCAAGGCUGCCGACGCCGCUUACAACCAAUUGUGCCAGGCAGCUGGCACAACGGCAGAGUCUCCGAGCGCGCCCGCCGCCGAGCAGGCGCGGCAGGCGCGGCCAUCGUUCGCGAGGCGGCCAAGAACGAUGCACUCGUAA